AUGACCCUCACCUUGGUGACUACUGUGACCGACAUGAUCUGUGUCUUCUUCCGAGUCCGGCUUCGUUUCCGGAAUUUCCACGAUAGGUGGUGUUGCAGCACGUGCGGAAGAUUGUUGAUUAGCUUGCGCCCCUCUAGCCGCAUCAUGCUCGCCUCUAAGGGUUUCAAUUUUCGCCUACAUUGCCUCUAUUCUUCUUCUCAUCUCCUGCAUAAACGUUGUCGGGUCCUGUUCCAUCCUUAUGGCUUCAAUAGGGUGUCUUUAAAAAUCCUCGGCCCCACGGUGGGUGCCAAAAUGUUUCUGCUGGAAUGGGACGAGGAAAACUCCUGUUGCUUCUGCUCGGGAAUGCUUCGCCUCCACCGAUUGGUCCUCCGUCCUCCUGUCUUACCGCUUGGAUCUUCCUUUCUCAAUAUCAAGAUGGGGGUGACCUGCAAGAAACACUCUGACGCUCAAGUCAGAAUUUAUCUCCACAGAGAUAGAUUUCUCGCAGCUCAUUCUUUUUGCAGGAAUAUCUUACCUGCAAACAAUGUUUUACCUGCAUGUUUAGGCAAUAAAGUAAACUCCCCACCUGUUACCCAAAAGCUAGAUCAGUCAGCAACUAUACCUAACAGCUUCACUGAGCAGUCCAACAUACUUGAAACUUGUCUUGAGCAAGAUGAAAACUCCUUAUCAGAUGAUAUAACUAAUAGUUACAGUUUGAGCCGUGAUGAUAUUUUUGAGAAAAAUAUGCAUAAUGGAGUAUCUGAUGCUAUCAAUUUUAUGGAGACAAACAUUCUGAUUGCCUUUAAUGCUACCUUCGUCGAUGAUAAAAUAAACUUCCUUCCGCUUGUCAGAAAAAUAAAUCAGUCAACUCCUGUGCCUAACAACUUAACAGGGCAACCUGAUAAGCUUGAUGUUUGUCCUGAGCAAGGUAAAAUCUCCCAUUCACAGAAACAAAAUGAAGAAUUUUUGGAGAAAAAUAUACACAGUGGAACUACCAAAGCUUUCAAUUCUAUGGAGAUGGACAUUUCGACAAAUGCCACAAAUGUUGGUCUCGUCCUGUUUGAAACAAAAGCAUUUGAUUCAGAAUCAAACUUAAGCAUCUCAAGCAGUAUAUUGAAUCCUCUAAAAUCACAUGAAAAUUGUAUAGUAGAAUAG